AAGGCGGAGAUCAUUUUGUUGUCAUCAUCGGUCGAAAAUGAUUGAAAGCCAAUGGCCACAGGUUUUCUCCGCUUGAGAAGCGCUUUCACCUCAUCUCGCCCCGAACGCCGAUUUGUAGCUUAGCAGUGAAUUCGAACGAGGAAGGCCGCGGUAGUGAAUUACACCCCAAUGGAGACACGUACCAUUGAUCCAGCAGAGCAAACGACCAAUUCGGAUACCAUUUCAUCGCUGAGUCGGAUGCUAAGCUAAGGCCCAGCGUUUGGGAUUCACAAGGCGGAGACGAUGUGAGUGAGCCGAAUGGACCGAUCGGAACACCCGAGUUGGACGUUCCCCGAGACGCAAUAAGCCUCACGUCUUCCCAGCCAUGUCUGUUUCCACGGUGUUGGCAAAGGCGCUCUUUGACAACGCAGCAGAAAGCCCGGAGGAACUGGCUUUCAGGAAGGGGGACAUUCUGAUGGUUUUGGAGCAGGAGCAAAGCGGCGGGCCCGGCUGGUGGCUCUGCUCCCUGCACGGCCGGCAGGGCAUCGCCCCGGCCAAUCGUCUGCGCCUCCUCCAGACCGCCCCGGCACCCGGCCCGGACUCCGUGUACUUGUCCCCCGGUCCGCCGCUGGCCCACGGCAGCCUGGAGGACGCCGCGUACCACUCGCCACCGGCCGCCGGUGAAAGCCGGGUGGCCGGCGCGGCCUCGAGACCCGGCGAGCUUCGCAAGGCGGACGGCGGUCGUCCUCGCUCCCACUCCAGUUCCGGGUCCCGACCCAGACCUGACUGGGAUAUGGGAGCGGCGGGUCGCCCGCGCUCCCCUUCCCUAAGAGGACGGGGCACGGACGUGAGCAUAGCUCUUUAUCAGACUCCGGUGAGCCCGCUCCCUUCAUCUGCUGUGCAUGUCCGACAGCCAGGAGCCCAAAUGGCUCCCGAGUCUGUCUACCUCUCACCCGGCGGAGUCGCGAGAGCGGCCGAUGCAUCUGAGGACACCACGUAUCUCGUCCCUCGGGAAACGCUUACCGCAGGUCCGCCGUCCGAUGACUGUUACUUGGUGCCAAAAGGAACGCCGCUCGCCGGUGAGGAUGUUUACCAAACCCCAACGGGAGGGGUUCUGGCCGCCUGCCCCGACGGGCCCUCCUCAGUCAGCGGAACUCAGCAGUCCCAAGUGGGUCAGGACAUUCCCGGGACGUACCAAAGCCCCUCUUCCGUGGCGGUGAACCUUCAAAGAACUUUGUCUUCCCCCGCCCAAGCGCCUCUGAGGCCCCUCGUCAAGAGCUCGUCACCCAACUCCGCCGUAGCCAGAGGGAAAGCGGGUCUGGCCUGCCACAGAGGUUCCCCUUUGCUAGUUCGAGCCGGCCACCCGCGUGUUCCCGGAUCGCCCAGUUUUGCCCGAAAGCCACCGCCGCCGGCUCCCCCGGUGAGGGGAGUCACGCGGAAAGACGGGCAGCACUUUGCGCCUUUCCCACCGAGCGAUCCCGGAUCUCAGGCGCCGGAGGUGAACGCGCUGGCCGGUCGGGACCUGGAGAAAAGCAACGGCAAAGGGCAAACUCAAGAUUAUGCAGAUCCCGCCGAUGACCAGGUAUACGACACGCCACCCAGCGGCCGGUGGCAGCGCGCCGCGCCGCCGAUCCUCAGCAACGGCGAUGACGCCAUUUACGACACGCCUCGCAACGUCGACACGGAGACGGAGGUGUACGACGUCCCCACCAUCACGCUGAACGGCUCCACGUCGGAAGGCCGAGCCGGUGCCGACGACGUCUACAGCGUACCCAGUCUCCCGGGUGUGCCCGUGGCUCCCGGCGAGUCCAGCGCCGCCGGCCUUCUGGGGGAGGACGACGAAAAGCGAGCAGACGCGGGAUCCCCAGACCGCGGGAUCUACGACAUGCCGGCCCCCAACGCCGAAGUCCUCCCCCGCUCGGCCUCGUCUUCCUCCACCUCCACUCGCCGCCUUUCCGUGUCCAGCAACGGUUCCGGGGAUCUCCAGUGGAGGGCCUCGCUUUCUGGCCUGGUCCACGCCGCGCUGAGCGCCGCCGCCGCGUCCGGCUCGCCCGCCGCUCCGUCGUCUCGGGAUCUAGCCGCCUCGCUGGCCGAAAUCCUCUCGGCGUGGAAGGCCAGCCACUCCGGGGACCCCCCGCCGCCCCUCCAGCUGGCUUGGUCCCGCCUCUCGGACCUCCUGCCCGCGCUAUCGGCCGCGGGCAGCGCCCCUCCGUCGGAAGGACUCCUUUCCCUGGUCCGGCGCUCCCUGGAGGAAAGCGCCCUCCUCUUGCAGGCUCAGGGUCGCCCCCGACUGCCUUCCCAGGAGUCGUUGUCCCGCAGGCCGCUGCCCGCCCUCCCGGUGUCGGACGGCAAGUCGAGCGGAGGCGGAAUGGGCUCCCGUAAGAGUAGCUGGAUCCAGGAAAGGCCUCUGCCCCCGACUCCUCAGCCGGCCUUCCCCCCGCCUCCCGCUUCGGCUGCGGUGACGCUGGUGGCGAGCCCGGGCGACGGAGACGAGGAUCCCGGCAACGAAUACGCCGGGAUCGGCCUGACUCCCGUCCCGGCCCCGGUCCCCAACGGGGACAGUGUCGGAUACGUCAAGCUGCAGGGAAAACCGGAGCUUCCCCUGCCUCAGAACGGACAAACCAUCAGCUCCGAGCCGAGGCUGACUCCGUCCCCGCCCCUGCCGCGGUCCCUCUCCCUGGAGGACUCUGAGCUGCUGUCCUUCUACUCGUCGCAGAGCCUGGCUCACCUGUCGUGCCUGGCCGACGCCAUCGACGUGCUCUUCGCCAGCGUGCAGGGCAACCAGCCGCCUCGCAUCUUCGUGGCGCGCGGCAAGAGCCUGAUCGUGACGGCGCACAAGCUGGUGUUCAUCGGCGACACGCUGGCCCGCCUCCUCACUUCGGCCGACCUCCGCGCCAAGAUCACAACCUCCGGGGGUCGCCUGUGCCAGGCCUUGAAGGCGGUCGUCGUGGCGACAAAGGGCGCCGCCCAGAACUACCCGUCGGUGUCGGCGUCUCAGGAGAUGGUGGACCGUGUCGCCGAGCUCUCCCAGCAGGCCGCCGGCUUCUCCACUCUGCUCCAGCGCUUGGCCGAGAUCUCCUCGUGAUGUUUUGGGACGGAAAAGCUUCUUGACACUACUCCCCUUUUUUUUUUCUCUCUCUCUCUCUCGGAAAAAUGCCUUAUUUUGCGAUGACCGCUUUUUGUUGUUGUCCCCGUGGCUUCUCCAGUCGUGUGGCUCGACUCUGCGGCUCUUUGCAGCUUUGCUUUCGAGUCCGUCAUUUCCUCCCUAUCGGCAGCGGGUGACUGGAGGGAGACGUCGAUUUGAGGACGGACUUGAAACACCUGAAUGACUUGACAUGAACUGCGCAACUUUGUUUACAUUUGAGAAUCUGCGGCGGUGUCAAGAUUCCAGUGCAAUUUGUUUUGUUUUCAGCUAAAUUCAUCAUGCUACGUCCAGUGUGCGCUCGCUCGCUCGCUCGCUCGCUCGCCUGGCAAGCCGCCCGUAGACCGUUAUGCCGAGCGGCUGCCGGAAAAACUGGUCUUACGAGAAUCGAGGGAAGAGGACAAAGACAAUC